AUGGUCAGAAGAAAGAAAGUAUGGAAAAGCUUGUCUACAAUUUUUCAUAGAGAAUUGCAAGUAGGAGUGGAAGGAAUCUACACUCAAAUAAUAUCAACUUUAGCAGGCCUCGGAAUUAUAAAUAACAUUAAUCAAAUUAACAAUCAAAACAUCAGUGAUAUGAUUAGAAACAUUUACAAUAUAACUCCGGUUGAUUAUUCUUUCGUGAGGAUUCACGCACACUUAGUUAUCUUUUUCCGGGAGUAUACAGCUAAAAUAAUCCGAGAUCUAGUGUUGUUUAGAAGCCGUCAAAGAGUCAGAUUUAGGGUCAGAGAAAGAAUCCACUAA